UGCACAAGGGGCAGGGACCCGCGCGGUGCUUUCUGCUCUUCUGCAGUCAUCUACAUUUUCUUUCUUUCCCUUUUUUUGGCAAUUUUGAACAUUUUGCAAGACUAGUGGUUCGUGGCAGGUGAGAGCAUCCUGCGCGUCACCGAAGGAGCCCGCCGGCACUUGGUGCGCUCUCCUGGGACUGUCGGCACUGAGAACCCUAAAGUUUUUGCUUUUUGAAAAUAUUUUUUUGUGCAGCUAUAUUUAUAAAGAUAUAAGUACUUUCUUUUUUCUUCCCUGUCUCCACUGCUUUGAAAGCGAGUACUUUUGGCAAAGGACGAAGGAAAAGCAACAUUUUGGGGGGCGAUUGGCCUUCUUUCUAAACGAAAAAACAAUUGAGUGCAUCGCGAUGGAGAAAAUGUCCCGACAGCUCCCCCUGAACCCCACCUUUAUCCCGCCUCCCUACGGCGUGCUCAGGUCCCUGCUGGAGAACCCGCUGAAGCUCCCCCUUCAUCAUGAAGACGCAUUUAGUAAAGAUAAAGACAAGGAAAAGAAGCUGGAUGAUGAGAGUAACAGCCCGACAGCCCCCCAGUCAGCAUUCCUGGGGCCCACCUUAUGGGACAAAACUCUUCCCUAUGACGGAGAUACUUUUCAGUUGGAAUACAUGGACCUGGAGGAGUUUUUGUCGGAAAAUGGUAUCCCCCCGAGCCCAUCUCAGCAUGACCACAGCCCUCACCCUCCAGGGCUGCAGCCGGCUUCUGCUGCUGCCCCCUCAGUCAUGGACCUCAGCAGCCGGGCUUCUGCACCCCUUCACCCUGGCAUCCCAUCUCCAAACUGUAUGCAGAGCCCCAUCAGACCAGGUAAACUCUCAAAGGUUCUCCCUUCAAUGAGGAAGAGGGAGAAGGCAAGGAACAGGGAGUAG